AUGGACCCAGGACGACUACCGCCAGAGCCAUCGGCGCCGGGCGGCCACUUGAUGCAUGAGCUCAUUGGCCAAUCCCUGCAUGACUUCUCCGAGACGGUGCGACACUCGAUCUCGCCGUUGGCGAGGAAAGACCCCGAUACGGAUGUCACCGCGGCAUUAGCAGUGGCAGGCCCUGGCACGGAGAAGCCAGACAUCAACCACAACGACGAGGACGAGGACGAUAACAAUAUCCCCCAUCCCCCAAGGCCACCGCAACCUCCGAAGCGGCGCCCGCUCCACCUCCUCACCCUCCCGCCCGAGAUUCUUAUCAUGAUCCUGCAGCACCUCAACUUCCCCGCCAUCCUCCGCGUGAGCACGACAUGCAAGCAGCUGCACCACCUGGCCAGCCCGGCCCAGAUCAGCACGCUCGUCGGCGCCGACUGGCUGGACGCCCAACUGCAGCGCCACUGCAAGAGAUGCCUGGUCCACGACCCGUGGCGCUCCAUCUUCCUCACACCCCAACCCCAACCUCGACCGCGCGACUGCGACCCUUCCUCAUCCGUGUGCAAGUACGCGCUGGCCAGCCUCUGCCUGGGCUGCGCCAUCAAGGUGCGCGAUCCGCGCAUCCGCGUCGGGAGGAGGGUUCCCAUGGCGAAGGCCGACGUCGUCUUGGUGUGUCGCUGGUGCGGCUUCCCCGUCGUCCUCGGCUUCCGCUCCCAUCACAUCGUCAUCUCGCAGCGCGACCAGAUGCAUCGCUUGUGCUACAGGCGGUACCACCACGCCCUGUUUGUGUUUCGUUUCGUGCUGGGCGGGCUGCAGUUCGGUCUAGGGAUCGUGGCGGCUGCGCUGGCGUGGCGGUAUUUUCGCCAUCGCGUGCUGGUGUUUGCGCCGACUGUGACCAACUUCCUCCUCAUGUGGAUCUGCCUCGCCUUCUUGCACCUCCGGGACACCUCGCGGCGGACCUACCAUUACACGCUCCUUCUCGAGCUGGCCAUCCUGGCGCUCUGGAUCCCGCCCGUCUACUACGUCGCAGGCGACAUCAUCUCACACAAAAGCGGCGGCCCUGUCCCCAGGGCGACGCAAGCCACCCUGGCCAUGUUCGCGCUCAACAUGUACUUCCGCCUCGUUAACCUCGCCGGCAACAUUGUCCUCCUGUUCCGUUUCGAUUCCACAAUGUGGACGAGACUGGGCCUCCCCCGAUGGCGACGGCCCUUCCACUACCUUGCUACUGCCCUAGUCAUGUGGACCUAUCCGCAAUCACUAGAGGCAAAGCUCGCGGGAGAUUCUGUGUAG